UCUACCGCGGUGCAUGGUGGGAAUGAUCAGAUCAGGUAAGCUGAAAUGAGACCGUCUGAGCCGCAAGAACAGGUGAAUGAUUACUGAAUUACUGUAGGCCUGCUGUUAAUGACGUCGUCCAAAGAUAUCAUUUAUCUUGGUCCCAUAAUGAAGAAAUAGUGAAUGUUUUGACGCGAGCAGUCCAAUUAACUUUAAUGGGAGCCCGAUUGAAAAUCGGAGAUACGCGACAACAAGAGGUCGACAACUCACCAAAAGCCUGGAAUUAGCAGCAGGGUUGAGCUGAGAGAGGCACCAUGCUGUCGGGGGAGGAGAUUCUGUGCAGCACGCGGCAAGUGAUAGCGGGCCUGGAGGCGCUGCGCGGCGAGAACCACACCCUCCUGGACAACCUGCAGGAGGUGCUGGAGGGCCGGCCGGUGGCCGAGAGUGGCAGUGUGGAGCAGGAGAAGAGUGGCAUCAUCCGCCAGUCUCUGGAGAGGAUAGAGCUGGGCCUGGGAGAGGCACAGGUGAUGAUGGCUCUGUCGGCCCACCUGGGCUCCCUGGAGGCAGAGAAGCAGAAGCUGCGGACCCAGGUACGGAGGCUGUGCCAGGAAAACCAGUGGCUGAGGGACGAGCUGGCCAGGGCCCAGCAGAGGCUGCAGGACAGGGAGCAGGAGGUGGUCACCCUGGAGGAGCAGAACAGACACCUGCAGUUCAUGAGCAGCAUCCGCAAGUACGACCAGGAGGAGCCCCCACCGGAUGACAAAGAAACAGGCUCCACCAAGGAAUCCCUAGAUGACCUUUUUCCCACGGACGAGGAGGAACAGUCACAGAUAUCUCAGCCCCACGGUAGUAGUGCGGCGGCAGCGGCCCAGCAGGGAGGCUAUGAGAUCCCGGCCCGCCUGAGGACCCUCCACAACCUGGUGAUCCAGUACGCCUCCCAGGGCCGCUAUGAGGUAGCCGUGCCCCUCUGUAAACAGGCCUUGGAGGACCUGGAGAAGUCCUCGGGCCACAGCCACCCUGACGUGGCCACCAUGCUCAACAUACUGGCCCUGGUCUACAGAGACCAGAACAAGUACAAAGAGGCGGCUAACCUCCUGAAUGACGCGUUGGCCAUUCGGGAGAAGACCCUGGGCAUAGAUCACCCUGCGGUGGCAGCCACACUCAACAACCUUGCUGUACUGUAUGGAAAGAGAGGGAAGUACAAGGAGGCUGAGCCACUGUGUAAGAGAGCCCUGGAGAUCAGAGAGAAGGUGUUAGGCACGGACCACCCUGACGUGGCAAAGCAGCUGAACAACCUGGCGCUGCUGUGUCAGAACCAGGGAAAGUACCAAGAAGUGGAGCAGUACUACGAGCGUGCCCUGCACAUCUACCAGAGCAGGCUGGGCCCUGACGACGCCAACGUGGCCAAGACCAAGAAUAACCUGGCUUCAUGUUACCUGAAACAAGGGAAGUACAGACAAGCUGAGGCUCUGUAUAAAGAGAUCCUGACCCGGGCCCAUGAAAAAGACUUUGGAUCUGUGGAUGGUGAGGUGCGGGACAUCUGGACCCACACGGAAGAGGAGGGCUCCAUGCAGGAUGGGCUGGGCAGUCUGAAGCGCAGCGGCUCGUUCACCAAGCUCCGCGAGUCGAUACGCAGGAGCAGCGAGAAGCUGGUCAGGAAGCUGAAAGGAGUCGGAACUCAAGAUACCACCCCUCCGACUCCUGGGAUGAAAAGGGCUAAUUCUCUGAAUGUGCUGAACGUGGGUGCGAGGGAGCGGCAAGAAGCGGCAAGGAACCCCAGCAGCCUGACAGAGAACCGAACCCUGAGCUCCAGCACCCAGAGUCUGGCACGGCGAGGGUCCCUCAGCUACACCUCUGAACACUAGCCCCCCCUCCCCACAUCCAGGAAGUACUCUCACACAGCGCUGGCCCCUAAUCCUCUCUCCGUCUCAGUGGAUUGGCCUCUUGCGCUUACAUGGGUCACUGCAACCCCAUUCCCUUUCUCUGUUUGAAUCGAACAAUGAUCCAUUAUCAGUUUAGGUUUGUUUACUGCACUAUGUUGUAGCGGGUGGAGGUCACUGGUACUCCUUGCCUGCUGUCUGCUAGUUUCAGCCCCUGGUGCCCCAGUUCUGAGGUAUAGUAUAGAUUAGGAUACACACAGCAAUGAGAACUGGUUUUGAGAGACGCAGAUUGUAUCCGUUUCAGACCAGAUUGAUCUGGAAAUGAAAUGACAAUCCUUUUUUCUUUUUUAUAAUGAUUUAGUAAUGCUGUUGUUGUGACUUACUGCACAAGGAGGGAAAUGCUUAAAUUAUUCAAUGAUUGUUCAUAAUUAUGAACAUCUUGAUAUUUGCAUUUGGCACACUCAACUGCAGUUGGGUCAUCAAGUAAGUGUCUGCAGCUAUUGGAUGUUAUCCAAAUUAAUAUAACUGUGCAUGCAAGAAAGGUCUUAUUUAUACAAUGUGGUUUUUAAAACGUGUUACAUUCUGAUUUUAUCUCCUUGUGUUCAUGUUUACCAGCGGUACUCUUGUUUUUGGCACUAGAUGAUUUUAAUUCCACAAUUAAAACAAAGAUUUACUAAUAUCUAGUGAAUGUGAUGCACAAACCGUGUAUUAGCUUCCAUGUUAGGUUGUGGUAAAGCACUCUCCUUAUUCCACAAUACUAGAGCAAAAUCUGCACUUCCCAGUCCAGCUGUAGAAUGCUAUGUAAUUAUUGUCUAAGGCUUGGCAUUCUGUGAAAUAUAUUUAGCAUAUUUCAUUAUAAGCUAUUUUGAUGCCCCAAAAGUAAAAGCACUAUGUGCCUGUAUGUAAUAUCUUAUUUUUUAAUUGGUCUGUUUGGGAUACGCAGAUGUUUUUUGGGGUAGCUAACUCUAAAUUAACUUCCUUCUGGAACAUAUGUUUAAAAAUUAUUAGAUUUUGUUGAUAUAGCCUA